UUGGCGGUGGCUGGGAGUCCGGAUUCUCGAGAGAAGAGCAAGGGUAGGACCCCUGGAGUCCUCCCGCCACCGUCCCAAAUGCCACUCGCGCCCAUCCCUUGAGGGGGCGGGGCGGUCUCCUCUACCUCCCGGUAUUCCCAGAGGAGGCAGCUCCUCAUCCUUCGUGGGUGCUCGCAGCUACUUAUUGUCCCCCUUCAAUCCCAACUCCCCAGAAGGGGCUGCCCUUCUGACAAGUCCCCCAUUUAAGGCCCCCCUCGCCCAGCUCCUCAACCUUGGAAGAGGACAUACAGUAUUGGACACCUUUCCACCAUGCUGAUGACAUUUUAAAUAUACUUGUCAAUUUUCCCAAAUUUUAACUGAAGAAAAUCUUAAGAAUUUAUACUUGAGAAGCAAAGUGUGACUGCCAAUUAUCAGGCUUUCAGGAUGAAUCUGGAGAAACUCAGCAAGCCAGAACUCUUAACACUAUUCAGUAUUCUUGAAGGAGAGCUUGAAGCAAGGGACCUUGUUAUAGAAGCUUUAAAGGCCCAACACAGAGACACUUUCAUUGAAGAACGCUAUGGAAAAUAUAACAUCAGUGAUCCUUUAAUGGCACUCCAGAGAGACUUUGAAACACUGAAGGAGAAGAAUGAUGGCGAGAAGCAGCCAGUCUGCACAAACCCACUCUCAAUUCUCAAGGUGGUGAUGAAGCAGUGCAAGAACAUGCAGGAGCGCAUGCUGUCGCAGCUGGCUGCUGCUGAGAGCAGGCACCGCAAGGUGAUCCUAGACCUUGAGGAAGAACGGCAGAGGCAUGCACAAGACACAGCUGAAGGAGAUGAUGUCACCUACAUGCUGGAGAAGGAGAGAGAGCGGUUGACUCAACAGUUGGAAUUUGAAAAGUCCCAAGUGAAAAAGUUUGAAAAAGAGCAGAAGAAGCUCUCCAGUCAGCUGGAAGAGGAGCGCUCCCGCCACAAGCAGCUCUCCUCCAUGCUAGUGCGAGAGUGCAAGAAGGCAACCAGCAAGGCGGCCGAGGAGGGCCAGAAGGCAGGAGAGCUGAGCCUGAAACUGGAGAAGGAGAAGAGCCGUGUGAGCAAGCUGGAGGAAGAGCUGGCCGCCGAGAGGAAGCGGGGCUUGCAGACAGAGGCCCAGGUGGAGAAGCAGUUGUCUGAAUUUGACAUUGAAAGGGAACAACUGAGAGCAAAGCUGAACCGAGAAGAGAACCGGACCAAAACUCUGAAAGAAGAGAUGGAGAGUUUGAAGAAGAUAGUGAAAGACCUUGAGGCUUCGCAUCAGCAAAGUAGCCCCAGCGAGCAACUGAAGAAACUAGUAACCAUGUCUAAAGGCACCAUGACUGAGCCGCCUGUGCUAGUGUCCGUAUUUUGCCAAACGGAGAGUUUUCAGGUAGAAAGAAUCCAUGGGAGCAGCACAGCCAAGGUGACAACCCCUGGGCUGCCUGGUCCCACCACUCCUACUUCCUCUUAUGCAAAAACCAAUGGCCAUUUUGACCCAGAGCUGCAAACUACCAAGGAGUUGAUUACAAGCAGCAGUGUAGAAAACCAAGUGCUUCCACGAGAAAAGCCUGUGGGACUAGCCCAAGAGAAAGCAGUAGAGAAUGGAGGAUGUCCUGUGGCAAUAGAGACUCCAGUCCCAACGCCUAGUCUCCUCCCUUCCAGCGGGAGCUCACCAUCUCCCAGCAGCACUGCCUCUUCCUCUCUCACGUCCUCUCCUUGCUCUUCACCAGUACUAACCAAGCGCUUAUUAGGGUCAUCAGCUAGCAGCCCUGGCUACCAGUCAUCCUACCAAGUAGGGAUCAACCAGCGGUUCCAUGCAGCUCGGCACAAAUUUCAGUCCCAAGCAGAUCAGGACCAACAAGCCAGUGGUCUCCAGAGCCCUCCGUCCAGGGAUCUAUCUCCCACCCUCAUAGACAACUCUACCGCCAAGCAGCUGGCCCGAAACACAGUCACUCAGGUGCUCUCCAGAUUCACUAGCCAGCAAGGGCCAAUCAAGCCCGUAUCUCCCAACAGCUCUCCCUUUGGCACAGACUAUCGAAAUCUGGCCAACACUGCCAACGCAAGAGGUGACACAAGCCAUUCACCUACUCCAGGGAAAGUGUCCAGUCCUCUGAGCCCCCUGUCUCCAGGAAUCAAAUCCCCUACUAUCCCCAGAGCUGAGAGAGGAAACCCUCCACCCAUCCCACCCAAAAAACCUGGCCUCACUCCUUCUCCAUCCACUACCACUCCACUGACCAAAACCCACUCCCAGACCUCCUCGUUGACCACCACAGAAGACCUUGCCAGUAGCUGCUCUUCUAAUGCUGUUGUAGCUAAUGGCAAGGACAUCGAGAUACUUCUGCCGACCAGCAGCUAGUCCCUAGAGUCCCUAGGAGGGAGUCUCCACAUUUGACAUUCCAUCAGAUUUUGUCCAAAAGCUCAGUGUCAAACCACUGAGUCAGAUCGUGUUAUUUAUUUUGAUAGUAGCUGAAACCAUCUGUUUAAUACAUUUAGUGUAUUUCACUUUUUUGUAUUUUUUUUAAGUAGAAACUGAGUAAGUAGGAUUUUUAUGACUCACAUCUUUGUACUAAAGCUAGAAGGGCACCUCAAAGACGUCUAAGCUUCACCGUCACCAUCAUGUUAUGAUGGAGAAAGCUAAAUGAGUACGAGUACCAGGUGGUGAUUUGCUGUCUAUUUGGGGACUAGAAUCCCUCAACACUCACUUUGAAUUAUGCAGAAGUCGUUCAUGCAGAUUUUUAUUCCAGAUGAACAUGUUUAAAAAGUGCCUGAAAUUAGACUGCCAUUUGAAUGUGAUUCUGCAGCAAAAACACAAGAUGGAUCAUUUAACUGCAAAAAAAAUGAGAUCCUCCGUGAACUCUGAAUGUUAAAAACCAACACUGCUUUUAAUACUUUUACUAUUUUUAAUAUAAGCUUUGUGUUCAGAAACAAGGCUGCAUAAGUAGAAUGGGAAUCCUAAAGGUGGGUGUGAACUCACCACAAAGCUGAGCUUUAUAGAGCCCUUGAGAAGCCGUCCUGAACAUUAAGCAGUUGGGGUGCUGAUUUUCUUGUACUUUUGAAAAAUUACAUCACUCCCAGUUUCCUGUGUAAAUUCUUGAAUAGAAUGAAAUCACAUCUCCUUCAAAAAUGUCUUCAGGCAUCUACUGUUUUGUAAGAACUUCUGAUUCUGAAUGCUUUUACUUGAAUAGGAAAUGGUUACUCAUUCCGUAUAAAAGUUUUGCAACAGAAUGAGAUCUUUAUUCUGUAAUCAAAAAGCAAUAACUUGAAGUUCACUGUCUUUGUAAUAUUAUAAGUCAGAAUGAUACCAGUUUUAGCAAAUUGUUACACUUAUUCUCCAAGCUGCCAGCACUUGGUGUCUGUAUCUGUGGAACCAAAUUAACUUUUGCCUAAAUGGAAGUAUACACAUAUCUGUAUAGAUACACACCCUUUUACGUGUUUAACAUACACACUUAAACACAUAAAUAUUAGUGUGAUUAUAUAUUUGGAGUUUGCAAUAUAGCAUAAAAGAGGAGUAGAAAUGCAUGUUAAGAUUACCUCCCAAAGCAACUAGAUGUAGCAGGGACCCAGUCAAUUAAAGGAGGGAUCUUGCCCACAGGGAGGGGGACAUUUCAAAUGAAAUCAGGUCUUCAGCAUCAUACAAAGACAAGGCCAAACCAACACAGUGUCACAAAACUGUUCAUAUAAAUGAAUGAAAUAGAUCUGUCACUCAAGUAAUAUGACAGCUGGGAGCAGUGGGGCUGGUAGCAACCCGAAGUGUCCAAUUCCUGUUGAAAGGGGGCCCCUCAUUCAGCUGCAGCUGCCUGUUGCCAUGCAAGAAUCCUAGGUCAGGGUUACCAGCUCCACUUUUUUAUGAAAUCCAAAUUUUCACAAGAAACAUUCUCAUUUUUAAAUAUCAAGAACUAAUCCAAAAAAACUUAAAUACUGCUAGUUAAACACUUCUGCAGCUGGAUUUCACUAACAAGCUGCCAAGUUGCAACCUCUCAUUCUAGAAACUUCUGUCAUUUCCAUCAUAGUGAGUUUGUGAAGACAGAAGCCUCCAGUCCAGACAAACUCUAUAGUAUAAUGACUGUCGUCCUCAGCCCAGCUCAGACAUGGCAGUCACAUGAUUUUGUGUCCACAGGGAUGGAGAAGCCUUGGUGUCCUCACAUACAUUCUUCCAGCCAACAUUUAUCCAACAGCCAGUGACCUGCUAUAAUGUAGACCUCUUUCCUCUCAAUCCAGUAUGAGUUGAUAGGGGAAAGGCAGGUGAUGGAAGGCAAGAUAAAUCACUGUGGAGUAUAUUGGUGUCUUCCACAACUUUUGGCUUGACUAAAGCCAAUACAUUAAAUACUGUUAAUGCCCGAGUGGGUUCACCCAGUGAGAAGGGGUUAUCUUAAACUGCCCAGAGCACUCACGUGUUAAAUUGUAUUCCCAUGUGUAGUCAGGUGAACCGUGUUGAUGAUAAAAUAGCUGAACUUUCUAAACAGGAGAGGGGGCUGUAAUCCUAGAGUGUUAUUACCUCUCUUGCUUUAAAUGGUAAUCUUACAGGUUGCAUUCUGCUCUUCUUUUGUUUUGGCAUAGAUAUAUAUAUAGAGAGAGAUACUAUAAGUUUAUUUCUUAGGAAGUGCACUGAAUAAUGUAUUUCUUUUACAGUGUAAUAUGGGGGUGGGGAAAUACGAAAGAAAUGCGUAUUUUUGCUAGUUGCCUAUCUUCUGAGAUAAGUAAGCACAAUACUGCAAUGGAUCCAAAAAUCCAGUUAGGUAUUAUAGUAUUUAAGUUUGCUGUAGAUUGUGUGUGUACUAAGUAAAAGUUCCAUGAUUCACAAUUUUGGUCUUAGCCCAUGUUGCUAAAGUUGUGUUAACUGGCCAACAGAUUAUGAUGAUGUGCAACACAAAAGCCCUAACUAGUCAUUAAUAUUUGUAAAGCCAAAUGUUCCCUGCAGAAGUCUUCAUCCAUUUUAUAGCAGACUACAUUAAAACAAGUUAAAUGAUA